AUGUCCGACGUCGAGAAAGCUGAAGGCCUCAUUGGUGCCGAAGUGCACAUGAUCUCGGGCUGCAGGGAUGAGCAAACUUCUGCUGAUGUGAGCAAUGUUGCCAAUUUCUCGCUCCCUGAUCCCGCUGGCCGAGCAGGUGGCGCUUGUACUUCAGCUAUGCUCAAAGUUCUCUACGCUGAUCACAAGAAACCCGAUGAUGACUUGUCCUAUCAAGAGGUUCUGUUGAAAAUGAGAGAAAUCCUGCAGGGCCAGAGGUUCACUCAGAUUCCCCAACUCUCCAGCUCGCGGUCCCUCAACAUCAAGAAUAAGUUUGCAAUCGUCCCUGAUGAUUUCUCUGGCACUAGAAGGGCUGUCAUGAUUGGCAUCAACUAUGUUGGGCAGCAAGGAGAAUUGAGUGGGUGCCACAAUGAUGUCAAGAACAUGAUCGAGUACAUCAAGGAUAUUCAUGGGUUUGAGGAUGAAAAUAUCACCAUCCUCAUGGACGAUGGGGAAAACAUAUCCCCCACUUAUGAAAACAUUAUGAAUGCCUACAAGAAGCUUGUUGAGGAAGCUGAACCUGGAGACGCUUGCUUUUGCCACUACUCAGGUCAUGGUGGGAAGAUCAGAGAUGACGAUGGUGACGAGAAGGAUGGGUAUGAUGAGACACUUGUUCCGUUGGAUUAUGGAUCUGCCGGUCAGAUCCGUGAUGACGAUAUCUACAAAACUCUAGUGCUACCCAUGAAGAAAGGAGUUAAUCUCACCAGUGUCAUGGAUUGCUGCCAUAGUGGCACAGUUUUGGAUCUGCCGUUUGUAUUUGUGGCGGAUGGCUCUCAGGAGGAAAUGACGAUCAAGCCAGACUUUGACAUGCAGAAACUUGAGAUGAUUGUUGGACUACUGCAGGCAGCUGCGCAAAACGAAGAUGUCAUGAAGAUGGCAAUGAAGAUGUGUGGCUGCAAUAUACUCUAG